UAAUACCUCUCCAGGGGGGAGGGGAGGGCAUGGGUCUAACUUCCGGUUUGUGUGUGAAAUUGACACACAAUGAGAUCGGAUCAUUGAUCGCCUUCGUUAAUCGGCUUGAUUCCCCCCUCUCCCUCCCCACCCUUCGCCGGCGAGACCACAAAUCAUGGACAAUCAGUGCACUGUCCAAGUAAAGCUUGAGCUAGGACACAGAGCUCAGCUACGGAAGAAGCCUACUGCUGAGGGUUUCACUCAUGACUGGAUGGUGUUUGUCCGUGGUCCAGAGCAGUGCGAUAUCCAGCAUUUUGUAGAAAAGGUGGUGUUUCGUCUGCACGAGAGCUUCCCUAAACCAAAACGUGUUUGUAAAGAGCCUCCAUACAAGGUGGAAGAAUCGGGGUAUGCUGGAUUUAUAAUGUACAUCGAAGUCUACUUCAAAAACAAGGAGGAGCCAAAGAAAGUAUGCUUUAAAUAUGAUCUCUUCUUGAACCUGGAAGGUAACCCACCUGUGAACCACCUACGCUGUGAGAAACUAACUUUUAACAACCCUACCAAGGAAUUCCUACGCAAACUCAUCAAGGCUGGAGGGGUACCAGUGAUGCCGGAAGGAGCUGAAGCAGUCUCUAGGCCAAGUCCAGACUACCCCAUGUUGCCCACAAUUCCACUUUCUGCAUUCUCUGAUCCUAAGAAGAGCAAACCAACUCAUGGGUCGAAGGAUGCGAGUAAAGAGAGCAGUAAGAUAUCCAAACCUCAUAAAGUAACCAAGGAACACAGAGAUAGGCCGCGGAAAGACUCUGAGAGCAAAAGUUCUUCCAAAGAUGUAGAGAGAGAACAGAGCAAGUUGCCAAAGGAGUCUUCCCGAAAACCAACAGAAAGCAAGCCUUCCAGAGAAGAGAAGGUACCUCCCAAAGCAGCUUUCAAAGAGCCAAAAUUGACUUUAAAAGAGCCGAAAACUGAGCCUGUGUCACCAAAGAGUGUCCCACAGUCAGAGUCGAAGCCUUCAAGCAAACGACCGCCCAGUGCAGAAUCACCAAAGCCUGUUAUUAAAAAACUGAAGAAAAGUAGCUCCAAGCCAGUAAAAAACUUUCCAGGGACUUCACCUCGAACUUCAUCAUCUUCCUCUUACUCUGAGAAACAAAAAAUCAAAGCAAAAGUUGUAGUAAAAACAGAAAAGGAGAAAGUCAAACCUGAGAGUGAGGUGAAGGAUAUCAAGAAGCCUGUAGUUCCCGAAGAGUCUAAUUCUGAAGAUGAGGCUUCAGUGAAAUCUGAGUCAGUGCAGUCCAGUCCAUCCAACUCCAGUUCCAGCUCAGAUUCCAGUUCCGACUCAGAUUUUGAACCACCACAGAACCACGGUCAAGGUCCUUUACGCACAAUGGUGAAAAAUCUACGGUCAGAAGAGUCAGAUGAUGACGACAGCAGCUCGGAGGAUGAAGCAAUAGUAAAAGCUAAUCCAGCAAGUCGGGAUUCCAGGUUGAGCCUGAGUGACAGCGACAGCGACAGUGACAGCAGUGAAGAUGGCAGUCCUCCCAGCCAAGACACUCCCCCUAGUCAGAAGCUAAGCACAACCAAUAAGAGGAGUGGAAAAGGGGCAGAGAGGAGGAGAGAACCAAAAUCUAACAAACCAGAAAAAUUAUUUCAGAAGGGUAGAGAGGGAAGCGCGUACACAGAAGAACUGGUCGACCUGCAUCGUAGGCUAAUGGCACUGCAGGAGCGCAAUGUCCUACAGCAGAUAGUGAACCUGAUUGAGGAAACAGGACAUUUUAAUGUUACCAACACCACAUUUGAUUUUGAUCUUUUCUCUCUGGAUGAGUCCACUGUUCGUAAACUACAGAGUUACUUGGAAGCUGUGGCAACAUGACCCUUAAUCCCUGGGGUGGCAAGCAAAAUAAAGGAGCUUCAAUUUUACCAUAAACUGCAGUCUCUUUGCACCAGGGAAAAUGGAAAACAGACAAGUUGAACCAUAGAUUCCUGGCCUUUGUCUCUCGAAACACACCUUCAGCACUGCCUUACAACCCAGCCAUGCUUCAGGAAUUAUCUCCAUGAGUGCAUUUCGUCUGGCUUGAUGGUUUGUGAUUUACCCAUUUAGGUUGCUAUCUGUGGAGACGUGUGCCCAGAGUACUAAAAGUGGCCUUCUGAUGAGCUUUUGCCUACAAAAAGGAAUUGUUUUCUAAAAAAAAAAAAAAAAAAAAAAUCACAGGUUCAAGGCUGCCCUUUCAGUUCCAGCCAUUUAGUUUCAGGUAGAAUGAAAACUUUUGCUUGAAGCUUGAAGCCUGGGUUGACAUCAGCCCAGUAGUAAGGAGGAGACUUGCCUUUCAUCUUUUGUGAUAAAUGCAGAAAAUAAGUGGAAACAUGUGACUGCGAUGUUCAUCAUUCUAGACAUCUGUAUGGUUCAUUAGCUGUUCAUCACAAGUGCUUUGAGCCCUAACGCCUCCUUGAUGAGGAAGAAUACUUGCUUCUGCACAAGGUCUUCAUUCAUUAAUCAUUCAAGUAGCUGUUGAACCCUGGAACUGUGGUUAGAAUCUCAGGAAGUGUCCCACAAAUCCACCUGUUAUAAAUGUCUGGACAUGUGAUAAAUGUUGUCAUUUCAUUUCCAUACACACUUGCAUCUACAGUGCAGGGCACCAGGGUGAAGCUGUAAUGUAUUGCAACAAAAAGGACUGUCUUAUAUUAAGUUAGCCUUGUGUUGUUGCAGUAUUGGCUUGCAUCCUGGUGGGCUUCACUGUAUAUCAGUACAGAGGUACAUAAAAAUGAGCUCACCUUUUUAAAUUAGUUGGUUAAUUUUAAAUGUGAAGGCAUCUUCAGGACCUCACCUUACACAGUGCUCAGUAGGGAGGAUUUGUUACCGCAUGCAACUUUUGGGCUCUCAGUAGAUCAUAACCACUGUAUGCCUUCUGAACCUGUACCACAGGGGAAAAGUGGUAUCACUACAAGCUGUGUGUACAAAAAGGCCAUGGAAAUUUUCAGAAAAGUACACGUUAGUCGAGCUGCAUUUUUUUCCAUUGCAAACUGCCUUUAUAAACGCUAAUGAAUAGAGCCUUCAGGAUUACACAUUAGCCUGUAACAUGCUUUUAAAGGUCGUGAGAACUGGUAUGUACACAGAUCUGCUGCCAUGUUUCAUGAUUUAGGUUCAGCUGUUAGUCCUAUAGGGGACUGGAUGACGAUUUCCCCUGAGCCUAUACUUCCACUGUACUCUGAAUGUUGGGUGAAAAGCCAUGGCACUGCAUUAGAAGCAAACUGGUUAUUGUUGUAGAAUGAGGCUUUAUGGUCUUUUACGCAGGUUUGGUCAUAGGACAUGUGUGCCCAGUUUUGUUAUGCAUACAAGCCAAGCUAUCUGCCGUUUUACAUAAUGGUACUGUCCUUAGAUUAACAGUCCAUACUGAACGGUAGGAAGGAGAUCACUCCUCCAUUCGUGCUAUGGAAGCAUGUACCAAGCAUUUUAUUUAACCUGGAAAUCUUAAAUGCCAUAGUCAGUGUGUGUGAGCAUUUGUAUGGCCUCAUGCAAGUGUAUUUCGAGUGAAAAUAAUACCUGCUUGCAUGGUGCAGCUUGCUUAUUGCACUUGAUAUCUGUUCAUUUGAGUAGAUCCUGGAUAUACAGUUGGUACAUGUCUCUGUAGACUGCAAAAUGAAGGCCUGAAAAAAAAAUCCUUGGACCAAAAUUAAGUAUUUCAAUUAUUUCUCCUGGACUUUGAUUAGAUGAACCUUUUGAGGCCAGUGAAACAGAAAAUGUCUGGAGUUAGCAGGUGAUGAGAGAGGAGUGGGUGUUUUCUGAUGAAUACAUGCAACUGAAUGUCUAGUUGGGGGUGGUUUGUUUUUUUUGGAUUUACUGGUAGUGAAACAGCUGCAUUUUAUAGAUUGUUUUAAAAAUGUUUUUCAUAUUUGGUUUCAGGUAUGGAAGUAUACUUCUCUUUGUGACGAAGUACCUAGGCAUGGACAGUUCAAUUUGCUGGAGUAAUAAGUACUGCUUAUUCUGGUCAUGUAAACAGGGCAGAGUACAAUAUUUUCUGUUGACCACACGGGCUGCUGUGGUGGUCAGUUUUCUUGCUUACACCACAUGGCUUUUGUCUAAUUGUUAUUUUCUGAAAUUUAUGGAAAUCAUUGUUAAAAAUGAUAGCCAUGAAAAAACUAUACUGUAUGUGCAUAUGAUAGCACCGUUGAUAAGCUGUAUGUUGCUUUAGUGUUGUUUGCUCUUAAAAAGUAAAUGUAUCAUUUUAAAACUGCCUUUUUUAAGCCCUAUAAGAGGGAUUUUUAACAGUUAUAUAUAUUAUAUAUAUAAACUAGUGUGUUCUGUUAAAUGUAAUUCCCUUUAUGUGUUUGUUGGAUCAUUGUUUGAAAACUGAAGGCAGUUCAUCAUGUCAUGUUUAACUUAAGAGUUACGUCCUUCACUUUGCAGACCUAAUCUGAGUGUCUGCCUUACUGCCAAGUUAUGUUUUGUUAUUUAGGAGAUUGUCUGAAUGUGGCAGGCUACAGAGUCGAUAUGCUUAAAGCAUGCAAGUAAAGAUGAUAAAGGUCUGUGUUUUCUUCACUCCUGGAGAAGUGAGUGUGGGCUACUGUUUUGUCAGAGCAGCUUGGGGGAAAUGCACUUGGCUGGCUUUGGUAGAAGUUGCCCAUUGGUCCUAGCUUAGGUUCAAAAUAUGGAAAAUUGACUGCUGUGGUAUAGAUGAAGGCAAUGAAUGAUGAAAUAAGGAAUUUGUUAAUUCUGUUACUUAUAUAGGUGGACACAGCAACACUUGCACUAUAUAUUAUUGUAGUUUCUCAUAUGCUGAAACACCCAUGCAAGUCCAGAAUUUAAAAUAAAUGAAUUGCCUGGGUUCUGUGCAUAAGUAAUAUUUAGAAGAGAAAAUUUCCAAACCUGAUAGAUAAAACAGUGAAAUUUAAGUAACCAUGUUUGCCAGCAAGGAAGACAUCUGAAGUGUAUUUAUUCUUUUUUUCUGUCUGAGAGAUGUGUAAUGGUAUACCUCAUCUCUUAAACUGUUCUAACCUGCAUGAGGAAAAAUCAAAUUGAAGGUUUCCAUUCCACCAACUGAGGAGUUUAGCAUGAAGUAUUCAAAGUUACACAGCUUUGUUAGGCCACUAGAAAAUGCAGGGAUAAAGUCCUGUAUUUUAUUAUUAUAUGCAAAACCUGCUUUUUAAAUAUUUAUAGAAUGUUCAGCAUUUCCUUUGUAGUUGGCAGUCAUUUUAUGAAUAACGACAUUGAUUCUG